AUGGGACAGGAAAUUUCGAUUGAUGAGGGUAUGAUUAGAAUCAAGGGCCGGUCCAUGUCUAAGCAGAGAUUGCCCCACAAACCCGACCGUGAUGGCUUCAAAAUAUGGCAGGUGUGCGACUCGACAACGUCUUACAUUGCAAACUUUGAACCAUAUUUGGGGGUGAAAUAUAAAACUACAAUUGAGGGGAGAAAGAAAGAAACUGGGACAAUCAAGAAGACAACACACCGGUUGCUACAGCCCUUCACAGAAAAAAACCAUAUUCUUUUCUGUGAUUCGCUUUUUACGUCAGUUAACACAGCCCUUGAAUUACAAGACAAGAAAGUGUACAUGGUCGGUAGUUUUAGCAGACGAAAUCGGAAAACCAUGCCACCGCAAUUAAUUCCUGAGGGGAAAAGCAAGAAGCUGAAAUUGAAAAUUGGUGAAAUGAAAGCAGCAACUAGACCGGACGACACUAUCAAUAUUACUGCAUACCAGGAUGACAGCGCGCAAAUAUUGAUUUUAAAUACAGUCUAUCCCCAACUGGCUACGUCGGCAGAAGCAGUAGAUGACGAGAGACACGUGCCUGUAUCGUUACAAUGUUACAGACAUCACAUGGGUGGCGUGGAUCAUUCUAACCAAAGGCGAAAAUACUAUCACAAGGGCAGAAAAAACAAUCGUUGGUGGAUCUACAUGACCUGUUACCUCAUAGAUGUUGCAUUGGUCAAUGCUUAUGAAUGUUUCAAGGCAUUGAAUCGCACGACUAAAGUAACGCACAAAUUCUUCAAUAUCCGCACAGGUAAACAACUGAUUGGUGGACACUCGAGUAGAAUUCAAAAAUCCAUAAGAGAAGUUGGCUCUCUUCCAAGUAACACGUCAUUUAUUCGUAGUGAAAACAUGGAUUCGCACGAAAUAUGGAGACUAUCCGGGCGUUAA